UAGCUGUUGCAACUAUGGAUGCGGGAGAUAAUUGUCACUAAUUGUAUUCCCCUAUCCUUUGGCAGUUCAUAGAGAUUUGCUGGGCUUUUUAGAUGUGUGCUAUAGAGCUCUACUCAUGUAAUCCAGUUUUAAUUUGCAUAUUAGUUUAGGCAUGGAAUGUACUGUAAUAUGCUUGAUUCAUGCUGGAUGUUCUGUCCUAUUAGAGUAUACAGCCUUAAUCUCUCUAUGUAUGAACAUGGAUAGUGCAAAUCCCCAUGACCACCAUUGGGCAAGUAAAAGUCCUUGAUUUCUCUCAUUCCUUUUGUUUCUCCAUAUUAUAAUAUGACAUAAUAUUGUCGAAACUUGGAAGGCUCUUAGGUGACAGACAUUCUUUUAGCUUGUAAUCUGAAAAGCUGUGUAGUCUGUGAUAGUAACCAAUUGAAGUGUAAUUACAUAUUUCUUUGUAUCGCCCUGUGUGAUAAUGUAACUUUUCGGUUUCCUGGAAAAAAAAUGAAAGUCUGGAUAUCCAUUAUAAAUCCCAUAUUAAUAUGACAUAAUAUUGUUGAAACUUGGAAGGCUCUUAGGUGACAGACAUUCUUUUAGCUUGUAAUCUGAAAAGCUGUGUAGUCUGUGAUAGUAACCAAUUGAAGUGUAAUUACAUAUUUCUUUGUAUCACCUUGUGUGAUAAUGCAACUUUUCGGUUUCCUGGAAAAAAAAUGAAAGAUACUUGAUAUGAUGUCAUUUACUUUCAUGAUUCAAUAUUGGGGUGGACUUUUAUAGCAUGAAACCACCUCUUCCACUUUGGCCAGGUCUGCUGAUUAAUGUCAAAAGAAAUGUUUUGGAAAUACUGAUUGUGUAAUUAUCCUUGUUUGAACUGAUUUGUUGUCUUUAAUGUUAGUUUUUUGUCACCUAUCACUUUCUUGCAGGAUAUUAGCAUUUUGACCACAUCAUCCAAUACGAAGUAGGAAGGAAGUCAGGCUAUUGACUAAUAGGAAUGGAGCUGAGUACCAUCAAAGGUGCAUUUGAUCGUGUUGCAAAGAAGCAAAAGUUUUGUUUUUCGAAUACCCAAGAGGUAAUCGAGACUUCUGUGGGAGAAAUUAAAUACACACUGGCAAAACUGCACACUCUCCAUGACCCUUCUCCAGCUGAUCUGAUAAACCUUAUGAAGGAGCUUUUCUAUGAAUUGACUCGUAUGGGCCCUCUUGAUCACUUAGCAGCUUGGCAUAAGGAUGUGAAUGGGGGAUUGAGCAAAUACGCUAAGCUUCUUGAGAAAUCAUUUAAUCCAGACAUAUCCAAGGCCUACAGAAAUGUUGACUUUGACAUGCACACGAUAAAUCAAAUCAUUGCUGGCCAUUUCUACCGACUGGGUCUGUUUGAUCUUGGGGAUUGUUUCAUAAAUGAAGCCAGAGAACCAGAGAGCAACUUCCUUAAAUCCCCGUUUUUGGAUAUGUAUCAGAUACUUGAGGCCAUGGGAGCUAGGAACCUUCAACCUGCCCUGAACUGGGCUGCCAUCAAUCGUGAGAAGCUUGUAAAAAAUGGUUCAAGUAUUGAGCUGAAACUUCAUCAGUUAGAGUUUCUGGAGAUACUGCAGAAAGGAAGCAGAGGAGAUGCUCUCAAGUAUGCUAGAACUUACCUUGCUCCUUUUGCCUCCCUGCGUAUGGUUGAGAUCCAGAAGUUCAUGGGCUGUCUAUUGUGGGCGGGAAGGCUUGACUGCUCCCCAUAUGCUGAGUUUUUGUCUCUAACCCAUUGGGAGAAGUUGGCAGAGGAGCUGACUCAGCAAUUCUGCAGUCUUCUGGGACAAUCCUAUGAGAGCCCUUUGAGUGUGGCAAUAGCAGCUGGGGUCCAAGGGUUGCCAACCCUGCUUAAGCUUGCAAAUGUGAUGUGGGCAAAGAAGCAGGAGUGGCAAGCGAUGAAGCAGUUGCCAGUGCCAGUGGAUUUGGGGAGGGAGUUCCAGUUUCACUCCAUCUUUGUCUGUCCAGUUUCCAAGGAUCAAGGUAGUGAAGAGAACCCACCCAUGCUGAUGCCCUGUGGACAUGUGCUCUGCAAACAGUCCAUCGUGAAAUUAUCUAAGAGUAGCACACGCACUUUCAAAUGUCCAUACUGUCCACUCGAGGCCACUGUUGCUCAGUGCAGGCAGCUUUAUUUUUGAUUGUGGUGUAUGAACUGCUUUCUCGUGUUUUCCCAUGACGAACUGAAAGCAUGUUGUGUGGGUGGCUGUGCCCGUGUAUUGGUGAUGUAGCUGCGGGUGUGGGUUUUUGGUUUUCAGUUGUAAAUAGACAUUCUUUUUAGAUUCAGAUGAGAAGUCCCCAGAUGCAUAUAUCAAGAUCUUCUCAACUUUUAAA